UUAUUUAAUACUUAGACUUCCCUAACAUCCUUGGACCAUGCAUCACCACACUUAAAACCAUGCCUUCAAGCAUUACCACGAAAGGCAUAAUCAGCAAUUAUCAUAAACAGCGCUUCGAAGUCGCGACGGCUCUAUUUUCCUUCAUUCUGGCCAGCCACAGAUCGGCCCUUAUCGUUAUCGGAGUGGAUCUCCUCCCCCCAGCAACGCGCAUUGGCGUCAUCGGUAAACAAAUAGCUUCAAAUUCAUGUUCUCAAACUGGAACUGCCGACAAGUCGACCUGCUACAGGACUUGCAAGAUUCCUUAAUUGACAUGGCCCUGGAUCCAAGGUUAAUGCCAGGCGUGGCAGCUGAGCUGCGCUCUAUUCGAUCUUCCGCGUCAACACCAUCGCUUCGGUCGAGGGACGGAAGCAUCACGCCCAGCGGCAGCAGAAUGGAACCUGGGGGAAACGUGCGCGUGGUGGUGAGAGUACGAGGGUUUCUACCAAGAGAAAUCGAGAGAGGAGCGGAAUGCCUUGUCAACAUGGACCCUGUGUCUCAAGCAACAAAGCUUCUUGUCCCCAACGAUACGGAUCCGGCGAAUUCGAGACUGAAGAUGCGCAAAGUGAUGGAAGAGAAACAAUUUACAUUUGACAAUUCUUUCUGGUCGCAUGAUAAAGCAGAUGAGCAUUAUGCUCACCAGGAGGACGUCUAUAACAGUCUGGGUGAGGAGUUUCUAGACCACAACUUUGAAGGAUACCAUACUUGCAUCUUCGCGUAUGGGCAGACAGGAUCUGGAAAGUCAUACACCAUGAUGGGAAACCAAGAACAACCUGGACUUAUCCCUCGGACAUGCCAAGAUUUGUUCCAGCGCAUCGAAGCCGUGGACGAGCCCAACAUCACAUACAAUGUCCGAGUCUCAUACUUCGAAGUCUACAACGAGCACGUCCGAGAUCUUCUCGUCCCUAGACAAGAUCCCCCGCAUUACCUGAAAAUCCGCGAAUCUCCAACAGAGGGCCCGUAUAUCAAGGACCUUACAGAUGCUCCUGUCAAGUCAAUCUCGGAAAUCAUGCGCUAUAUGAAGAUGGGAGACCUGAGCCGAACAACAGCAAGCACAAAGAUGAAUGACACAUCAUCUCGCUCGCACUCUGUCUUCACAAUCAUGUUGAAGCAGAUUCACCACGACAUGGACACGGAUGAAACGACCGAAAGGACGGCCCGAAUUCGACUUGUCGAUUUAGCUGGAUCUGAACGUGCAAAGGCAACAGAGGCCACUGGCACGCGCCUGCGCGAGGGCUCUAACAUCAACAAAUCUCUCACCACACUCGGCCGCGUUAUUGCCGCCCUUGCCGACCCCAAAAGUAGCAGAAACGGCGCAAGCAAGAGGAAUAAAGACGUCGUCCCCUACCGAGACUCGAUACUCACCUGGCUCCUAAAGGACAGCCUGGGCGGAAACAGCAAGACCGCAAUGAUCGCCUGCAUCGCCCCAGCCGACUACGACGAGACGCUUAGCACGCUCCGUUACGCUGACCAAGCGAAGCGCAUCCGCACCCGAGCAAAGGUCAACCAAGACCACGUCUCAGCCGCGGAACGCGAGGCGGAAAUUGCCAAUAUGGCCGAGCAGAUCCGCAUGCUAGAACAUCAGCUCAGCAUGACCGAGACGCGCAAGAAGGACGUCGGCGCAGAGAAGCUGGCAGAGGAGCGGGUGGAGGAGUACCAGAACCAGGUUGGCAAGCUGCAGCGGCUGAUGGAGGAGCGGAGUAUGGUGGCGGAUGGGAAGAUUAAGACGUUGCAGACGGAGAAUGAGGCGCUUAGGUUGCAUCUUAAGCUGGCGCUGGAUACGCUGAAGAAUCCGAUUCCGGAGGUGCCGAGCGUGAGGAGGAGUAUAUCUGGUGAGGACAUACCGCUGUUCAGCACAGAGAGGGGGUUGGAUAAGGAGAAUAUGGAGUUUGUGGAUGCGGGACAAGAGGGGCACGCGGAGCAUGUGUAUGAGGAUGAGGAUGAGGGAGAUGAUCAUCAUCAUGAGAAGGCGACGGAGAUGCAGGAUCAUAUGCAGGACUUGUUGAAGGAUUUGGGCAUGUUCAGACGCAAGAUCGUGGAUGAUAAGUCGAGGUUUCUCUCGCCAUUGAUGGAGAGGGUCAAUCGGUGAGGUGUUUGUGGGGGAUUUUUUUUACGACUGUAUGAAUGUUUUUAUUGGGAUAGCGCUGGCGUCGAAGGGGUGGGGAAUCGGGUUCUGUGUUGGGAAAUGGCAUCCUGGGGAUAAUGGAUGUCGUAGGGUGUCACUUCUUAGGAUUAUGUAUGCAUCAUUGGACUGUAGUUUGAAGCAGUAGUAGCUUCAGCGGGUUUCAUUCUAAGUUGAUCCAAGUCCGCCAUAAGUUCUAAGUAUGGG